GACGUGAUUCGAUGGAGGUGUUAAAAACAUAAAACCAAAGCAAAGCGUAUUGUUAGGAUUGUCUACUUUGCCUAAACCCGAGAAAACUGAACCAAAUGGCAUCAGGGACGGAUUCAGGGACGGAUUCAAGGACGGAUUCACGGAAGGAUCCAAAGUUGGCUUUAACUGAAUUGCCCAAAGGAGUAAAAGAGCUGUGCGAUAGUUAUAAAAAAUUGAAAGAGUCUCGAGAUAAUCUUGAGAAGAUGGUUGUCAAAAAACAAGACGGAGCCAUAGAUCAGGCAAUAAUGGUAACCCGGCUGGAGAUGGAGACAAGUGCUAAUCUGAAGUUUUAUUUAUCAACUUUUAAGAAAAUGACUACCGAGACAGAGUUUACAAAUCUAGCCAUGAAUGGGAGAGGAGCGAUGAAUGAUCUGAAAAAAGUACUGAGCAAGGGCGAGGUGUCGAAAGAUUUUGAAAGCGAGGCAGAAGGCUAUCAAGACAAUGAGGGCGAAGAUGAGAACCACAGCUUCGACGAAUUUAUGGAGUCUAUCGUGGAAAAAACACCUGAAAUUGCAAAAUGCUUUUUGUGGAUUUUUCAAGGUUACAUCAAGGAGCAACUUAGAAAAGCUUUUGAAAGUAAGGACUAUACUAAACCAAAAGAAUUAAAAGAAAAGGUUAGGGAAGUCAGAGAAAAAAUGCGAGCGCUUUAUUUAGCCGAAGAAAAGAAUCGUUCAAUUCUUGAUACUUUAGUCACCACAAAUUAUCAGCCCACCAAAAUCGACAAAAAAAAUCUUAAGGAUUCUUUUGAAAAUUCAGAAGGUGAAUUCUCUUUGACUGUGACCCCUGUGCAAGACAAAUCGUAA